AUGGAGUCACACGAAGUCCAGGGUUUGUCCUCGUCUCACUUUGAUGAGUUGGGCAGGACCCCUGCUCCGGACUCGUCCCGCCACACCACUCACACAGGGAGGCAGAGUGCACUGUGUGGUUUGGGCUAUGGCUGUGGGGUGGCGUGGAGACAUUUGAGGCCCUUCAUCCCUUUCUUUUUGAUCAGCUUCAUGCAGAACAUUGGUAUCUUUGAGAAGCUUUCCUCUGUGGAGAGAUGUGGUGUUAUGAAAAACCUGGAUUUGAGGCCUUGCUGCUCUCUGAGCUGCAGAAACAGCAGCAGUCCAGCCAGUUCUGUGAUACUGUACUCAAGGCAGAUGGGGUGUCGGUGCCAGCUCACAGCUGUGUUCUCUCGGCUCUCAGUCGGGAUUCUAAACAAGGGAGAAGACAAGGGCGAAGGAGGCAGGGUGUGGGUGGCACAAGACAACCAGGGACAAGAGGAAGACCACGAGGAAAGAGAGGAGGACUUACUCAAACUGUAG